CUCCAACCAUUCGAUGAAUAUCUUCUUCGCUUACGAGAAAUUCCACUUUCUAGAGAGAGAAAAUCCGUCUGAUUCUUGCUGUAAACGCUCGGUGUUGAUUUUGCUCACUUGACGCAAGUUUGAAGCUGAAUUCAACCGAAAUUGUGCUGAUCUGUUGUAAUUAAUGGUCGAAUUUCGGUUCUAGAGAAAGAAAAUCGUUUUGAUUGUUGAUUUAGAUUUUCUGGAACCUCUUCGGUGUUGAAUUUGCUCGUUUACUGCAAUUUUAAGGUGUUCAGAACUGAAAUUGAGUUGAUCUGUUGUGAUUUAUGGUCGAAUUUCGAUUCUAGAGAGAGAAAAUCGUUUUCAAUGUUGAUGUAGAAGUUUCGGAAGCUGUGUGGUGUUGAAUUUUCUCAUUUAAUGCAAUUUAAUACAAUUUAGAACUGGAUUGAGUUGAUCUAGUGUGAUUGAAGGUAGAAUCUUAGGGUUUUGUUGAGAAUUAUGCGUUUCUAGGUUAGAGAUCUGUGGUGAGACUCGGAUAUUGUAGUGAAAUGACUUCUUCUGAGGUUGAUAACAUGAGAGGAGACGUGAACGACGCUGUAGGUGAUUCGAGAACUGUUCCGGCGGUUUCUGGUGCCGUUGAUGCGGAUGCGGCUCUUUACAAGGAGUUAUGGCGCGCGUGUGCUGGUCCGCUCGUUACGGUGCCUCGAGAGAAUGAGCUAGUGUUCUACUUUCCUCAAGGACAUAUAGAACAGGUUGAGGCUUCAACGAAUCAGGUGGCGGAACAACAGAUGCCGAUGUAUAACCUUCCCUCGAAGAUCCUCUGCCGUGUUAUGAACGUGCAAUUGAAGGCUGAAUUAGAGACGGAUGAGGUUUACGCGCAAAUAACUUUGAUGCCUGAAAAUAACCAAGAUGAAGGUGCUGUUACAAAAGAAUCAGCACCGCCUGCGGAAGCUCGGUUUCGUGUGCACUCUUUUUGCAAGACUUUGACUGCUUCUGAUACAAGUACUCAUGGUGGGUUUUCUGUUUUGAGACGCCAUGCUGAUGAAUGUCUUCCACCAUUGGAUAUGUCAAGGCAGCCUCCAACACAGGAGCUGGCAGCAAAGGAUUUGCAUGGAAAUGAAUGGCGUUUUCGGCACAUAUUCCGCGGUCAACCGAGAAGGCAUCUGCUUCAAAGUGGUUGGAGUGUUUUUGUUAGUUCUAAAAGGCUCGUUGCUGGAGACGCUUUUAUAUUCCUAAGAGGUGAAAACGGAGAUCUCCGUGUGGGGGUUAGACGUGCAAUGAGACAGCAACCAAACAUGCCAUCAUCUGUCAUAUCCAGUCAUAGCAUGCAUCUCGGUGUCCUUGCGACUGCAUGGCAUGCUAUUCAAACAGGAACAAUAUUUACAGUCUAUUACAAGCCUAGAACUAGCCCUGCAGAGUUCAUCGUUCCAUAUGAUCGGUACAUGGAGUCUAUCAAGAAUAACUACUCCAUAGGAAUGAGAUUUAAAAUGAGGUUUGAAGGUGAAGAAGCUCCAGAACAAAGAUUUACCGGAACCAUAGUUGGAAUUGAAGAGUCUGAUCCCAAGAGUUGGCCCGAAUCUAAGUGGAGAUACCUAAAGGUAAGAUGGGAUGAAACAUCGAGUAUUCCUCGUCCAGAGAGAGUUUCACCUUGGAAUAUCGAGCCCGCCCUCAGUCCUGCAGUAAAUCCACUUCUAGUACAUAAACAAAAAAGGCCUCGAUCAACCAUGUUACCUUCAUCUCCCGAUUCCUCUGUUCUUACAAGAGAAGGUUCAUCACGGGCUGUUGCAACAGACCUUUCACCGGCAAGUGCAUUUUCAAGGGUCUUGCAAGGACAAGAACUAUCAACACCAAGAGGCCAUUUUGCGGAAAGUAACGACUCUGAUUCAUGUGGUAUACCUAUUCAAUGGCCAUCUUCACUGAUAACAGAAGAAAACGACAAAACCGACCAUGUGACUGUCACCCAACGUUACUCAGGAGUCGAUAGAAUGUUACCGUUCGGAAGACCCGCCGAAUCAUCUUUCACUGAUUUAUUAUCCGGUUUUGGAUACUCUUCUGGUCAAAGUCCAACCGAAGGAAAAUUCAACAUACAGUCAAAGUCAAACCCAUGGUCAACCCUGCCAUCCAAUCUGUCCCUGAACCUAAUGGGCUCGCCAAAGAAAGGUGCUUUCGGUGAGCAUUCCGCUUAUCGUAGCCCAAACAAUAACGGGCCGCAACUUGGAAAGUGGCUAAUGCCGCCGCCACUUACAAAUUCGUAUCUGGAAAUUCCAAAAUUGCCACUGGUUCAGCAAAAUGAGGUUAGGAAACCAGAAGACGGAAACUGUAAAAUAUUUGGUGUACCCCUUGGUAACAAGGUUGCUUCGGAUGCAAAUCAAGAGUUGAAAUUACAAAGAUACCCUUCCUUUGAAUCUACACAGAGAUCUGAACCGUCCAUGCGUCUAAAUGUUAUUGGUAAUUCACCAAUGGGUAAAGAUAUAGAGAAGCAAUAUCAAAAUUCCCAGCCACAACUGAAAGUCUACGGGGGUUCAACUAGGAGCUGUACGAAGGUUCAUAAGCAAGGGAUCGCCCUUGGCAGGUCUCUGGAUCUUACUAAAUUCAACAAUUACGAUGAAUUGAUUGCUGAGUUAGAUGAGUUAUUUGAAUUCAACGGCGAACUAAAAUCCCGCAACAAGGCUUGGUUGGUUGUAUACACAGAUGAUGAGGGUGACAUGAUGCUUGUUGGAGACGAUCCAUGGCAGGAAUUUUGUGGCAUGGUCCGUAAGAUAUAUAUUUAUACAAGAGAGGAGGUUCAACGAAUGAAUCUCGGGACUCUAAAUUCAAGGGGCGAGGAGAAUUCAUCGGUUGCUCCAUUGUCUUCAAGUCCUGAACAUGCAUAGGGUUUUUAAAACUAUAUCUAGGUAUAUGUUUGUAGGGGGAGGGGAUAGGGAGGGAGUAUGUAUGGUAUACUACAUAGGUUAUGGCAGUCAAGAAGAGUUGAAACAACUAUUUAAUGAUGCAUCCAAAUUCCUGAGCAAAAUCUUCUCUGAAUAUUUGAUGAUUAUACAAUAUUUUGGAGCUGUUAUAUUGCUGCAUGGCUUCUAAACAUUAUUAAUGUCCUUAAAAUAUAUAUAUCAAGUACGGUUGUAUAUAGUUGAUAUUGGGAGCAUGCCUGCCAUUAUGUACAAAGGUAGCUAGCUUUUUGUAUGUAAGGACUCUUUAUGGAGACUUUAAUUUUGUAGCAUUAAACUCUGGUUUUAUCUUUCUGUU